GAGGCGGGCCAUGCCAUGCCCCGCCCCUCCCGGGCCGGGCCGGGUCGGCCCCGUGGCGCUCAGACGUGGCGCGCGCUCCGGCCCCGCGGCGGCAGCCCCGCCCCCUCGCUGGCGCCGGAGAUGCCGAGCCCUCGCCGCCCAUUGGCCCCAGGGCACGUUGGGGGCGGGGCUUGUCCCGGCCCGGCGCGUUCCGGCGCAGGCCCCGCCCCGGGGCAAAGGGUGACAGCUCCCGGUGCUGCCAUGGUGGGGGUCGCUCUACACCUGCUCCUCCUGCUCUGCGUCGCCGCGGGACCCGCGCUGGGCUGGGACCGACCGGGGAAGGUUCUGCUGCGGGAUGUUGAGGCGCUCACUCUCCACAGAGGGCAGUACACAACAUCCAGGCGGACAGCUGCGGUCCCUCAGCUGCAGUGCACGGGAGGCUCUGCGGGGUGUUCCCGUGUCCCCGAGGUUGUGCAGUGCUACAACAAAGGAUGGGAUGGCUAUGAUGUACAGUGGCAGUGCAAAGCAGACUUGGAAAAUGCCUACCGUUUUGGACAAAUGGAAGUGAGCUGUGAAGGCUACGAUUACCCAGAUGAUCCUUACAUACUUAGAGGCUCCUGUAGUUUGCUGUUCAAGCUAGAGCUGACUGAGGAAGGUGAAAGGAAAGUGAAGAACCCUGGAAGCUUUGGCUCUAGCUAUUACCAGUCAAGGAAAGAUUAUACUGAUUCUGGUUCUGGAGCAAUUGUUGUAAUUGUUCUUCUCGUUCUUGCUUUUGGAGUGUACAAGUUCUUCCUCAGCAACCAGCAGCCUCAGGAGAGUUCUGGGCACAGUGAUGGCUUCUCUCAGCCCUUCUGGCAGAGUCAGCAGGCACCUCCUCCUCCUGGUUUUAAGUCGACCUUCACAGACGACAACAGCUUUGGACCUCAUUCCCAUCAUGGAACCAAUUCAGGACCAGGAUUUUGGACUGGAUUAGGAGCAGGAGGCUUGCUAGGCUACUUGGCAGGCAGUCACAGAGCGCAGCCACGUUCCCCGUAUCACAGUAUGUGGACAGAUCCCACAGCUGUACCUCCUAUGCAUAGGCACUCAAGGAAUUCCGCAGAAGGCAGCAGUUCAGGAACAAGAACUGCUUCUGGCUUUGGGGGCACAAAGCGAAGAUGAAAUCCUUGACAUUAUUACAUCAGAGUGAUUGAACUAAAUCUUGUUGUGUACUUGUGCUUCUUUUAGUAGUAGUAUACUUGAAAAGUGCAUAUAUGAGGUAUGAAAGACAAGGCAAAGAAAUCUUCCCUUUCUCUGUGGACUCUCACUGCUAUUUGGGGUAUCACAGGUGCUGGAACAUCCACUAUUUCAAAUGACCAGCAUCUCCUACAGAAAAAGCUCAUCCAAGUUAAGAAUGAUGUUACAGUGACUGUGUAUCUGUCUGUACUUAAGGUAUUAUGGAAAUGAUAGCCUUACCAGAUUUUCAAAGCAUGUUACUUCUUGUGUUCUGGGCUUAAUUUCAUUUGAUCCAGAAUUUCUGAUAAACUUUUUCCACUUUCCUGGUAGUCCAGCAUCUGCCUGAUACAUAAGGCGUGCUGUUCUUUGAAGCUACUUUUGUUUGCCUUUGUUUGCCUGCAGAAUUCAUGUGAACUUUAUUGUAAGUGCAGUCAGCUACUUAGGUAAGUGGUGGAGUUCUUCCUCAGUGGACAAGAGCAAAACUAUAAAAAGACUAACAUUAAUAUGUUUGUAUCUGUGCUAUGUGAUUGUUGGAGCAAAAAUGUGAAGAUUCAUGUUAUAGAGUUUAUCCAAGGUAACUGUGCAAACCUGGGGGACUUUAAGUUAUUGGGGGUAAAUAAGUAAGUAACCUGGGAAUUUGGACCUUUUUCUGGAAGACUCAGGUAAUUUAAAUUCAGUUGAUUACAGACAUUUUGCCUGCAUUGAGGCCACAGAUUUUCCUGUUAAUGGUGGAUGUUGGCAAUGCUGUAAAAACUUGUGAUGUGAAGGGUCUGUCCUGCUAGAUCACCUGUCCAGGGCACAGUAAACCAAAUGUGCUCAUUGCAAAAGGGAAGGGAAUGUUCUUCAAGCAAAGAUGAUGAGACACAGCAGGCCUUGACACUAUGCAAAGAGAAGAAAUUGAAUAUCUAAUGGGAUGUAAAAUUCCCCAAAUGUGCUUCUUAAAGUGCUGUCAAAGAGAGGGAAGGAGAGAGGCCUUGCUGUAUUCUGUGAUGAUAUUUUGGGGCCUCUGUGAAGUAUCAUACAGUUCUUGGGUGACUUAUUCUCUCCUGGAAGAGGCAUUGCUGGAUAAAAAGCAGAGAAGUUUCUCAGAAUUGUGGGAAGAGGGGAAGAAUGAAAAAUGGGCCGCUUGAUCACCAGCUCUUCUCCAGAGCCCAUCCUAACAGUGUAGAAGUGUUCGUGUGGGCAGAGCUCGUGUAUGCUGGCAGCAGCCAGAGAAGCGUUGUCUUUCAGCCUUGUGAAAAUACUGUGUCUGGGAAUUGAUAUCAGCUAUUACAGCAAAAGCAAAGCUCUGUUCAGCUGAUACAGACUGCAUCUCCACAAGGAGAUUAAGUAGGUCUGGUUGGUCUAAAAAAGCAGCUUCAGCAUAACUCAGGGAAAAGUAACCAUGUCCGUUCGUGAGUAUAGAAGGAAUCCCUCAUAUGGUAACACCCAAAUUCAGUGUAUGGCUUAAGCAAUCAAAAGAGAGAAAUGCAGAAAAGAAAAAAAUACAAGCAACCUAAACCAGCAAAUCCCAGAAGUCUUUAUGAAGUUGACAGCGAGAAAAAGAGCUUAAUGAAAAAAUGCUUUUACUAAAAGUGUUAUUUUGAAAGUAUCAAAUGAAAUUGGUAACUUGAGGGUGAAAUGGCGGUUUGUUUCUCAGAGCUACCUGGAGGUUGGUGGAAAAUAACUGCAUUAAUACCCUGCACUAUGAACCUAAAAAGGGAAAUGGCAAAGACCUUACUGAUGGCCUCCCAGAAAGCUCUACUUUUUAUGAGAAGGCCACAGUAAAUCUCUUAUCUUUAUGACAAAGUGUAGCAAAAGAAUAUAUUUUAAAUACGGUGUUCUUACUUAUUUCUAAGUGUAUUCAGGUUAAGCUUGUCACAGUCAAUAUUUGCUUUGCCAACCAACUGCAUAACAAUUAAACUGGAUUUUUUUCUAACUGGGUAGUUUGAAGCUGAAGUUUGGUCUUAAAUUACAGUAUGCUAUGAAAUGGUUUAGACAACAUUUUCAUUUGUAUUUAUUUAUAGUUGCUGCAUGAAAUGUGCUUUGAUAAAUAAAUCCGAUACAUAAAUCUACCAUAGCUUUUGGAUCUGUUUGGAUAUGUUUGCCCUUCCCUCUGAUAAAGAAAAGAAUAAAGUGAAUAAGGAGUA